AUGUCGAUAUUCGAUGUUCUAACCAGAUUUGUAUCAAUCAAGCUAUUUAUUGUUCUAGCAAUAAACCAGUCAUGUCUAUGCCAAUUGGACACAUGCAGUCGAGAUUGUUCAGUCAGAUGUGGCGAAUCAUACAUUCAACCAAAUAUCUCUACAGAUCGUAUAAUAAAUGGUGAAAUAGCUGUGAGAAAUUCUUGGCCUUAUAUUGUUUAUGUACAAAUUGGCACGCAAGGUUGGUAUGGUGGAAGUUUAAUCGAUGCAUUGAGUGUUCUAAUAGCUGCGCAUUGUACAUACGUCGGAGACACUCGGGAAUUUACUUUGUGGUUCGAUGUACAUAAGUUAGACGAGCGUGGAAAUGAAAUGAAUCAAGGUAUUGUUGAAAAACGUUCUGUUCAACAUAUAUUCAAUCAUCCGAACUAUCGAAUUCGUUCAUUGAAAACUUGUCAACAUGAUUUAGCAAUUCUACGUCUUUCACGUUCAGUGCACGAAACAGCUUUUAUUCGAUAUCUAUGUCUUGUAUCAGAUAUUCUUCAUGUGUCAGAUGCUCAAUUGAAUGAUCAAGUAGAAAUCAUCGGUUGGAGUUAUAUAAACAAAAGACUAUCGAACGGGACAUUUCUUCGUCAAACGAUUUCAAAACAGAUUCAUGCCAAGGAAAUUCUGGUGGUCCUUUGUUGA